UUAUAUUUGCAUUUUCAUAAUGGAUUCCAGGGGCAUGGUUUUAAUCAAAAUUACUUGGAUCCUUUUCCUGGAACUCUGUGUUUUGAUCCCGAAAAUCAACAGCCAAAUUCCAGGGUGCUCCAUUGAGGGCAUCAACCUGCUGCAAUGCUUGGAUCAAGGUGAUAAAACUUCCAUUGAAACAUGCUGCAAAACACUCACUCAGGCUGUUCAAUCUGGGUAUAACUGCUUGUGCUCGCUGUUAGCAUCAUCCAACAUUCCUCUCUUAAGCGCUCCAAUUCCGUUACCAUUUUCGAAUUGCUUCAUUUCUGUACCUCCUCUGACACUUUGUCGAGUUCUAGCUCCAAUGCCAAUAGCCAUUCCACCAUCUAGCCCUGAGCAGGCACAGCCUUUUUCUCCACCGGAAAAUGUGAUUCUGCCGCUGCCUCCACAGGAGACGGUGCAGCUUCCAUUGAACUCGACAACAGUUGUUGACACUUCAAAUAAUUCAACUGAAAGUUCUGCUCCCAAAUGCAAUGUGUCCAAGUCCGGGAAUGAAUGGUCAAGUGGGGAAAAUGAAACUAAAAUGUUGAUGCUUAUAAGUCUGUUCCUGUGCUUGGCUGUUCAUGUUUGUAUCUUAUUUUCCUAA